UUGUGGUGAAAAAAAAAAGGAACUGAUUUAGAGAUCUAGUGUGCUGCUCUUUGGUUUCCUUUUAAAAUGUUAUCUCUUCAUACACAGUUUUGUACUUAGGUAAAGAUUACAUAAAAUCGUGAUAAUUAGAUUCUAAAUCACAGGUAAACACUCAAACAUGAUGCUAACAAAGACUACCUGCUGUCUACUGAUGUUGUUAGCAGGGAUUACAACAGCAGUGCAAGUCAGUGAACCAAGAACAGAGGAUAUUUUAAUGCCUGGGGCCAAACCUCAGCAGAUGGAUGCUUACCUCUGUACAGCUCAUCCUGUCUCUGAUGUUGAAGCAUAUAUCUAUAAAUUUGAGGCUUUGGCUGAUGCAACAACUGCUCAUCACAUGUUGCUCUAUGGUUGUGAUGGACCAGCUUUUUCUAGUCUAGAAAUAUGGCCCUGUCAUGUUAUGUGUAAAGGAUCAAAAUCUUCCAUUUUAUUUGCUUGGGCUAAAAAUGCACCACCUACAGUUUUACCUAAAGAUGUUGGUUUCAGAAUUGGUUCAAACACAAGUAUCAAAACAUUGGUUCUACAAGUUCACUAUGCCAAACAGUUUGAAGAAUCUGAUCCAGCAGAUCACUCUGGUAUGAAGAUUUAUAUCACACAGACAAAACCACAGUUUGUUGCUGGGAUUUUUCUUCUAAUGGACACAUCAUUUACUAUUCCUAAUGGCAAGAAAACUUAUCCUGUUGAUAUCUCAUGUGAAAAUUAUAUGGAUGCAAGUAUUUUCCCCUUUGCUUACAGAACUCAUGCACAUGGUUUAGGUCGUGUCAUUACUGGAUAUCAGUAUAAUGGAACUUAUCAUGAAAUUGGCAAGGGAAAUCCUCAGUGGCCUCAGGCAUUUUAUCCUGCAAACAAAAACAUUGAAGUUAAACCAGGAGAUUUUCUGGCAGCAAGAUGCACUUAUGACUCUACCUCUAUGGUUUAUCCUGUUUCUGUUGGGUCAACAGGCAAUGAUGAGAUGUGCAACUUCUACAUAAUGUUUUACACAGACAGCUCUGUACAAGACCCUUCUGGUUCUUGUGGAGGUAAUGAUAUACCUGAAAUCACUGGAAAACAUUUCCCUCUUGAUGUCAGUGAUCCACUACCACCUAACCCUGACUUGGAGGAAGAGGCAAAGGGAACACAUCACCAUGGUGGAAUGUCUGGUUCACAUAGCACAGUGAUUAAUGACACUCAGACUGAAGAAAUUUUAAUGAGAGGAGCCAAACCUACACAGCCUGAUGCCUAUCUUUGCACAGCCUACCAUUUAGAUCAGGAAGAAUACUUUAUAUAUAAGUUUGAAGCUUUGGCUGAUGUAGCUACAGUUCAUCAUAUGUUGCUUUAUGGCUGUAAUGGUGAACCUUACAGUACAGAAAGUAUCUGGCAUUGUCCAGCCAUGUGUAAAGAUGCUCAACCCUCAAUUUUAUUUGCUUGGGCUAAAAAUGCUCCACCAACAGUCCUACCACCAAGUGUUGGAUUUAGGAUAGGAAAAAAGAGCAGCAUUAAAACAUUGGUACUCCAAGUACACUAUGCCAAGUCUUUCACUGCUAAUGAAAAAGAAGACACAUCUGGAAUUAAGCUUUAUACAACCCAUCAAAAGCAAGAUUUUGUGGCUGGUAUAUUUUUAUUGGCGGAUUCAUCCUUCUCUAUCCCCAAUGGGAACCCAGCUUAUCCAGUGGAUAUAAGUUGUAAAUUUCCAAUGCAGAAGAGUAUUGUACCAUUUGCUUACAGGACACAUGCCCAUGGAUUAGGACGUGUUAUAACAGGAUAUCAAUAUAAUGGGACACAUCACACAAUUGGAAAAGGCAACCCACAGUGGCCACAGACAUUUUAUCCUGUUCAAGAAAAAAUAGAGAUUAAACCAGGAGAUUCAUUGGCAGCAAGAUGUACUUAUGAUUCAACUUCUAUGGACAAGCCAGUCAAUGUUGGGUCAACUGGCAAUGAUGAGAUGUGCAACUUCUACAUAAUGUUUUACACAGACAGCUCUGUACAAGACCCUUCUGGUUCUUGUGGAGGUAAUGAUAUACCUGAAAUCACUGGGAACAAUUUCCCUCCUGAUGUUAGUGUUCCACUACCACCCAACCCUGACUUGGAGGAAGAGGCAAAAGGACCACAUCACCAUGGGGGGCCAUCUGGCACACACAACACAGUAAUUGACGAUACCCAGACCGAAGAAAUUUUAAUGAAAGGAGCUAAACCAACAGAGCCUGAUGCCUAUCUUUGCACUGCAUACCAUAUAGAUCAGGAGGAAUACUUUAUAUACAAAUUUGAGGCAUUGGCUGAUGCAGCUACAGUUCAUCACAUGCUGCUGUAUGGCUGUAAUGGUGACCCUUACAGUUCAGAAGAUAUCUGGCCAUGUCCAUCCAUGUGUAAAGAUGGCCAGUCCUCAAUUUUAUUUGCUUGGGCUAAAAAUGCUCCACCAACAGUCCUACCAACAGGUGUUGGGCUUAGAAUCGGGAAAAAGAGCACUGUAAAGACAUUAGUACUUCAAGUCCACUAUGCCAAGUCUUUCACUUCAAAUGAGAAAGAAGAUCAUUCAGGAUUAAAAAUCUAUACAACUCAUCAUAAGCAAGAUUUUGUUGCUGGUAUAUUUUUAUUGGCUGAUUCAUUCUUCUCCAUCCCCAAGGGGAAUCCAGCUUAUCCAGUGGACAUAAGCUGUAAGUUUCCAAUGGAGAAGAGUAUUGUUCCAUUUGCUUACAGGACACAUGCUCAUGGACUUGGACGUGUUAUUACAGGAUAUCAAUAUAAUGGGACAUAUCACACAAUCGGAAAAGGCAACCCACAGUGGCCACAGACAUUUUAUCCUGUUCAAGAAAAAAUAGAGAUUAAACCAGGAGAUUCUUUGGCAGCAAGAUGUACUUAUGAUUCAACUUCUAUGGACAGGACAGUCGAUGUUGGGUCAACAGGCAAUGAUGAGAUGUGCAACUUCUACAUAAUGUUUUAUACAGACAGCUCUGUACAAGACCCUUCUGGUUCUUGUGGAGGUAAUGAUAUACCUCAAAUCACUGGAAAAAAUUUCCCUCCUGAUGUUAGUGUUCCACUACCACCUAAUCCUGCGUUGGAGGAAGAGGCAAAGGGAACACAUCACCAUGGUGGGCCACCUGGUUCACAGAACACAGACCUACAACCUUUUGUACAUAUAAAGCCAUUAUCUAAACAUCAUAAAGCUGGUAAAAAACAUGGCCAGGGAAGUAAACACAAGAAAAUUUCUUAUGUAGUAAUGGAUAGAGUUAAAUUUGUAAAGAAACGUCAAACUCGUGAGUACUAUGAAGACUAUUCAGCCAAUGACCUUAGAGAGAAAGGCAUGUAUGGCCAGGGUAAGCUAGAAGAGGGACUAAGCCGCAAUAGAAACAAAGAUUUUGAAGCUAUCAACAAAAAGCUGCAGCAGCCAGCACAAGCUCCGCAUCAGCUGAUGGCUGAGAGCAAACAGUCCAUACAGCCAGCUGUCAAACCCCACAGUCGAAUACAUUUUGAUCACCCCCUGGUGGUGAACAGUCCUUGGCCUGACAAAACACUCAAGGUCGGGCAGAUUGGAGGCCUAGCUACAGAUAAACAUGGCAAUGUGUACAUCUUUCAUCGUGGUUCUAGGCAGUGGACAGCAGAUUCCUUUGGUUUAGACAACAACUUUCUGCGCACUGACACACCUAUUGCUGAAGAUGUCAUUGUCAUUUUAGACUCGCAAGGUCGAUUAGUUCGGCAGUUUGGUGCAGGACAAUAUUUCAUGCCACAUGGUAUUGAGGUGGAUCAAGAAGGUAAUAUCUGGGUAACAGAUGUGGCAUUGCAUCAGGUAUUUAAAAUUGCUGCUGGUGAAAGCAAGCCUACCUUGACUCUUGGUCAGCGUUUUCAGCAUGGUGAAGAUACAACCUUGUUCUGUAAACCAACAGAUGUAGCUGUCCUUUCCAAUGGAGAUUUCUUUAUCUCUGAUGGAUACUGCAACAGUAGAGUAUUGAAAUUUUCAAAAGAUGGAACACUUUUAAAAUCUUGGGGUCAAAGUAAUUCCCAGUUCAGUAAGGCACCUCCUGCAGGAACAUUUGAUAUCCCUCAUAGUAUAACAGUAUUGGAAGAAAAGCAACUAGUUUGUGUAGCUGACAGAGAAAAUGGAAGGAUUCAGUGUUUUGACUUGGAGGGCAAUAACAAGCAUAUCAUUCAGCAUCCACAGUUUGGCCCUCGCUUGUUUGCCAUUGAAAGUUCACCAGAACAUGGUGGGUUGCUGUAUGCUGUAAAUGGCCCUGGGUAUGAUGGCCCAACAGAUUUUAUUGUACAAGGUUUCACUUUAGAUAUUGAGACUGGGGAUUUAUUAGAAAUAUGGAAUGUACCACAGCACCUUAAGAACCCUCAUGAUGUCUGUGUGGAUGUAAGUUCACACUCAGUUUUUGUUGGAGAGCUGGACCCUCAACAAGUGUGGAAGCUUACUAGAACUACGGAACAAAAAACUCCUCAAGAUGCUGUUAAGACACUGGACAAUCAUGAAGACACCUCCUUGUCUCAGCAAACUCUGAAUGCCACAAUCAGUCCUCCUAGUGAAUCCAAUGAUUUCUCACCAUCAGUGAUCAUUGGGAUUUUACUGGUUAUACCUGUUGUGUUACUGUUGGUGCUAGCACUUUUAGUCAGAGCACAUCAGUCAGGUAAAUUAAAGUGUUAUGGACAUAACAAAAAAAGAAUGUUUAAUCUUCAAGGCAUCAUUGGCAACUCACACAAAGGCUUUGAUCCUCUUAGUACAGAAGAAAGUGAUCAUGAGCUUGACCCUGAAGAUAACACACAGUACUUGGCUCCUAAGAAAAUCAAAAGCAAAGCAUAACCAUUUCUACAUUGUGAUAUACAUUCCAUUGUUUUAUUUUAUUUAAAAUUCACAUUUCCUUUUUAAAUGGGCUGUUUUUAUUUCUUUUAAAGCCAUCUUUAUGAUCACUGUACCGGUAUUGAAAUUAGUGAUGUUUAUUUCCAUAAAAACAUGAUGUUGUUUUGUCAUAGUAAUGUUGUAGUGAGGUUAUCUUAUUCCAACCCUGACACUUAUCUCUUGUUAAGUUUUUGACAAACUUAAAAAAAAUCAUGUUUAUUUUACAGUAUGUUUAUAUACAUAUGUGUAUGUAUGUAUAUAUAGUAGAAUACAUUGCCAGCUAAGUAGAAGUUCAAAUAUUCUUAAGAAUUUGCAUUUAAUAGAAGUCUUUGAUCCCUCAACUUACACAGCCUGCCCUACUGAGAUCUGGUUGGACACUGGGGCAGAGUAAGGUUUCAAAUGCUUUGAUUUUGUGCAUAAAAACUUCAUAGUACAGAAACUUUUCUUCAUUUUCAUAAAACUUUAGUGCUAUUAAAUAUAUAUUUAUUGUUUCAUAUUAAAAUAUCUCAUUUUCAUUAUUCACUCAAACUGUACUAGUUUGAGAUUUUUACUUGCUAGUCAUCUAAUAGAAUAUCUGGAUUCUAUACUUUGCCUGCAAUGUGUACACCUAGUGUGUCAUUAUUAAUAUAUGUGUAUGUAUAUAUGUUUUAUAUAUAUAUAUAUUUAUACAUAUAUACACACACACACCAUUGAGCAAAUUAUUUAUACACAUACACUUGAUAAAUUUAUACAUUAUUGUGAUUUGUGACUAUUUUUUGGUGUCUUGGGCUGGCAAUAAAAAUAUUUUAUCCAACA